AUGGCACUCAGCUCCAUUGAAUCACCUCCCCCACACAAGCCAGAACCAACACCCAGAGGCCUCUCUCAGGGCCCCCUCCUCCUGGAUAACCCAAUUCAGCUGCCCCCCAUUUUCCUUGACAAAGAAACAGGGGAGUCCUCAACCUGGGAUGUUCUUGCGCAAGAGGGAAACUUAGUGUCCCCGGGUUUGGAGCCCCACACACAGGCACACCCACAUCAUACAGAGGUGACUCCGGAGCCCCUCCUAGUCCCCCCGAGUGAGCUGGGCAGCAACCCCAGCAGCGACAGCUCCGUGCGGGGCAUGCAACGCUCCCAACCAGAGGAACACAGCGACUCCAGCCUGCUGAGCAGCGGCUACGCGGGCGACGAGGAAAACAGCGAGCUCAACUCCGUUCCUGGCCGUCGCGUCGUGCGCUUCACUAGAAGGCUCCACGCCCAGGUGGGCAACUCGGAGAGCAGCGAGCUGUGCUGCACCACCUCUCCCCAGGAGCUGAAGAAGAGGCGGAGGCUCACCAGCCCAGCCCCCCGCACCCAGCAGACUGGAGGGGAAAAGUGACAGCAGGCUGCCGAGCAGCAGCGCCAGCAGCCUGAGCAGUAUCAGCUUCAUCAGUCCGGGAAGCAGCAUCCUCACCUACCGGGUGAGCAGUGGGCUGCUCAGCUCCACGGGUGGGCAGCCCUCCAGCCACACCAGCAGCCUGCAGAGCCUCGGGGUGGACAGCAGCGUGCCCAGUGUCCCCAACAGCGACACCAAACUCCAGGAGAACAAGGGGGAGGUGGGCAACAUGAAGAGCACCAGCCAAGGCACCCUGGGCAAACAGCCAUCCCAGGAGCAGGUGCCUCUGUAAGAAAGUUCCCUGC